AUGGGUCUACACCGAGAACACCGAGACUGUAACAUAUCGAUUCAACGUGUAGUUGUACGACUAAUUCACGCCCUUGAUCCAGGAACACUCCUGCAGUGCAUCACGCGUACGGUUGAUCCUCCUGCAUCAUUACUCCUGUGGUGCAUCGCGUCUACGGUGGACCGUCCUGGACUCACCGAGUUCGUUAAUCGCCUCAAUGAACGUCACCCACACCUAGCAACACGUCUUACGCUGGCCAACCUCGUCCAAUUCAUCACUCUUGCCAGUGAUGUGUACAAGCGUGCCGACAAGGCACUGAACUUCACCUCUGACGACCUUCGGCUUGCCCCUUUCAUGCAACUUGCCUUACAGCUGAAGAUCGAGCCUGGCGAAUAUGAACAUUUAUGGACACUUGCAUUCCCUGCUAUUCCUUUUGCGCACGUUGACACAACCAACCUAAUUCGCCUGCACGGUCUGACCAAACACCUUACGACCAAGGUUCAUGAGGCCUACCUUGUUCCUCCCACGAGUACCUGUUUGCUCUGUCCUCAAGCUUCCGGUCGGGGGUUCGCCAAACGUCCUCGAAUAAAUGGAUAUCUUUAUGGCCUUGACGGCAUCCACUCUGCCGAGUUCCAUACCUGGGGCUGUCUGGAUUGUGGUAGAAAGUAUCGCCCUUCAUACUACACAUCAAAAGUGCAAAGAGUCUACUAUUCCAAAGCUCAAGGCGCCCACCCAGAACACUAUCAGGUUCACUGUCAUUUUGGCAUCACCCACCGACUUGCAACGUACUUCCGUCAAGCUCAGAUGCUUGCACACAUUUCAAAUUUCAAUUUGGUCAACUUGUUCAACCUCACUCAUUUCAAGGGCCAAAAUGUGCCAACACACUCAGGCCUUCAAUCCGAACCCAAGAUAUCCCAAGAAGUGGCUCGUGAUGCUGUCGACUUAUAUAGUUUGUUACGACGUUGCGACCGACGUGGUUCAGUGCUUUACGUUGGCGCCCGUGGUAAAAAUGCCGACCGACUAUUGCCGGCGAUGGCUCGAGAACUGUAUUACAUUGCUAAUCAUGGGACAUCUCACUUGCACCACUUCUGUUCUUUGUGUGUCCGAAUCAGCAAGGUUGAACAUGAAGGCAAAGAAGCGGUAAAAAUUCUUUGUAUCAGUCAUCCGAGCCGUAGUCACAGAUGGACUGACGAUCGGUCACUGGCGCUGCACGGCUUCGUCGGCACAGCUACAGGUGCUGGCUCAGCGCACCGGCGCACCUCAUCCCAAAGGUCCAUGCCUCAACCCAUUACCCAAAGUCAAUUCACGAUUCUGCGUCGAGCACGAAGUCUCUUUGAAAGGAUGGUGUAUCGCCCAACCAUGUACGUCACUGGCCACGCCUGGUUCACAGACGUGCCAAGACAAAAAUCACCAGGAAUCAUGGACCGCUUUCCAAGCUCAAAAGAACCGGAAUUUCUCCCUGAAAUCAAUGCUGAACCGCCCGGGGUCGAAUCUGCCAUCCGACCCUUCUCCGAUGAGGCUGAUCGAGCUCACGAGGCUGCUCGCGACGGUGGGGAAGCCCAGCCCAAAGGCACACCGGUCUUGACUCGCUCCCGAACGCAUAAUGAUCAACUUAUUGUAGGUACUUGCGGAAUCAUAUUAAGUCGGCGCACUUUCUACAAUGCAGAAGCACCGAGUGCCGUGAGGAAAAACCACUGA